AUCGGAAAGAACCAUGAGAACUAACGUCAUCCUGCCUUGUUAAUAUUCAUGAGCGAAGCCUUCGCCGUAGUAUGAUUCGUAACCUCGCCUGCUCCAGUAGAGACGGCAGGAAGUUUCAGCGCAGUUCAACUGCGGCCGCGGCUUUAUGAUGAGCUCUGUGAUUGUCUAGACGAUAUCAAUAACAUGACCCGAAAAACUUGUUUUCCUCACUCUGCUCGGAAUAAUUCAGUGCUCUGGAGGGAUUUAAUAAAUGGACUCUAACGGUCAGCUGAACUUAAAUUCAUCGUUUCCCUCCUCCUCCGCCCGGUGUCAAACGAAUGGCAAACGUGAAAGUCGCGAUUCGAGUCCGUCCGCUGAACUCCAGGGAGAGUCUGGAUGGAGGACGGUUAGCUGUACAAGUAGAAGACAAAGUGGUGAGGGUCCGAAAUGUGAAGUUGGAGGGGCGUUUAGACGGGCGAUCAGAUGUCUUGCCUGACUCCAGGGAGAAGUUUAUGGAGUUUGGGUUUGAUUUCUGCUACUGGUCCGUGGAUCCAUCGGCUCCCAACUAUGCGUCACAAGAGGAGGUGUUUCAAGACCUUGGUGUGUGUGUCCUGUCUGGAGCUUCAGAGGGGUAUAAUGUGUGUCUGUUUGCGUAUGGACAGACGGGCUCAGGGAAAACUUACACCAUGAUGGGCACUCCAGACUCCAUUGGACUGACACCAAGGAUCUGUCAAGGUCUUUUUAGGUCUGGAGUCGAGUCUGCAGAUGGACAGAGCUGUAGAGUUGAAAUAAGUUUUUUAGAGAUCUAUAAUGAGCGUGUGCGUGAUCUGCUGAGAGGGGCGGAGCAGAAGAAGCCAGCACCCCUGAGGGUUCGAGAACACCCAGAGAAGGGGCCUUAUGUGCAGGGUCUCUCUCAGCAUGUAGUGACUGACUACAAACAAGCAGUGGAUCUGCUUGAGGAGGGCAUCGCUAACCGCAUCACAGCCGCUACACAUGUCCAUGACGCGAGCAGUCGAUCUCAUGCCAUCUUUACCAUUCAGUACACACAGGCUAUUCUAGAAAAUAACCUUCCCUCGGAAAUAGUGAGCAAGAUCAACUUGGUGGACCUGGCUGGCAGUGAACGAGCCGACCCUCAAUACUGCAGAGACAGAAUAACAGAAGGUGCCAACAUCAACAAAUCUCUUGUCACCCUUGGCAUCGUCAUCUCUGCUCUUGCCCAGAACUCUCAGAUGUUCAGCAGCAGUCAGAGCAUUAACAGUGUGCUCAGUGAGGGUGAAGGGAGCACUGUGGGUAGUCAGUCCAGCUCUCUGUCGGGCAGCGGGCGCAGGCAGUGCUUCAUUCCCUACAGGGAUUCUGUCCUCACAUGGCUCCUCAAAGACAGUCUGGGCGGCAACUCUAAAACCAUCAUGAUUGCAACUGUCUCACCAUCCAGCAGCAGCUACAAUGAGACUCUGAGCACCCUCCGCUAUGCAGCUCACGCCAGGAACAUCGUCAACAAGCCAAGAGUCAAUGAGGAUGCCAAUGUGAGGUUGAUCAGAGAACUGCGAGAGGAAAUUGAUCGUCUGAAGAGCAUGCUGAUCAGCUUUGAAAUGCAAAGGAAUCCCAGUCCAUCUCUCAGUGAUGAGAGAGAAGGUAGCUUGUCUGAUAUAGUCCUACAGAAUGAACUGAAGGUGGAGCAGCUGACUAAGGACUGGUCUGACAGUUGGUGUGAUAAGCGAGCCCUGUUGGAGCGCUACAGUGUGGACAUUAACCAGGACAGAGCAGGAGUUCUCAUUCACUCUCUUUUGCCUCACCUCAUCGCUCUAGAGCCAGACGUCCUCAGUACAGGGGUCACCAUCUACCACCUUCGGGAAGGGGUAACAAGAAUCGGGCCUCAGGAUGACAAUCUGGAAGAGCCUCACAUAGUCUUGCCAGAAUGUUCCUCCUGCGAGAUUGAGAAUAAGAGUGGGGUGGUGACUCUGAAGCCGGUCUCGGGGAACAUCUGCAGAGUCAAUGAAAGAGAGAUCAAGGAGCCCUGCAGACUUGCACAAGGUGCUGUGAUUACCUUAGGAGGACUCCAUCGGUUCAGGUUCAACCACCCUGCAGAGGCAGCUAUUCUGAGGGAGAGAAGACGGACCAGUGAUGUAGGUCAGGUCUACCACUCUGCAGAGCUCAGCUCAUCCAGUUCUGACAUAAGGGUUGCAGGAGCAGGUUGUCAUGAGAACGGCAAUGGGACGGUUCCCAGACAGCAACUAGAGGAGCAGCAGUGGUACAUAGAGUGUCUACGAGAGGAGAUUCAGAUGGAGCAGAAACGAGCGGAGAAAGAUCUGGAAAGAGAGCAGGCAUGUCUCCGGCAGCAGCACACUGAGAUCAAGCAGUGGAUCUUGCAGGAAAAGCAACGGCUUGAAGCCCACAGGGAAAAGGGAACACUGGAGUCAGGGGUUCAGACAGAUCUCAUACUUCAUAGUGGUUUAUCAAGUCAGAUGACUGAGGAGCAAGGCAGUGCUGAAAGAGUCCAACCAUCACCAUUAAUGGGUUACAGGAAAAGAGUGGUGCAGGAGGAGCUACUGAAGCACCAUGCAUUACGCAGAGCUGAGAACCGCGUGCGCCGCAAAAGGUUACGUUACCAACUGGAGAAGAUUGCACGAAAGCGCCAUCUGUUGGAGGCAAAGCGAGAGCUGCAGAGGCUAGAAAAUGAGCUUCUACAAGGAGGCGAUGAAGCCUCAUCUGCAGAUCUGGGCUACCCCUCAAAGUUCAGGGGACGUCCAAUGACUUUACGAAGGCAUUCAUUUUCUGCGGAUCUGCUGUCCCGACUAUACCCCCAGCACACUCCUAUUUUCAGCCAGUUCCUCAAAAGGAAUAGAUCUUUUGAGUUUACAGCAUCUCUGUCUGGCUCUGCUUGUUCCACUAAAUGGGAAUCUGAUGAAUGUCUCCGAGAUCAAAAGAUUAGAAGACGUUCCAAUACAAUGCCCUCAAGAUAUGACCAAGGAUCAACAGGUUUGGCCAGUUUUACUGACAGCAUCAGAAGUCCCAUAAAAGAUGCAAGUUCAACUGAUGCUACAAAAUUUAAAACGGCCUCCUCGAGGUUGACAGUCAAGAAAAGCACAAGUGUCCAAGACAAGAAUUGUCUGGAUUCAAACACCAAAGCCAUUAGAAAAGUAUUACCAAUAAUAAAACAGAAAAGUUCAGUGAAGGGAACAAAGACUCUUCCUCAAGGUGGAAAUAAAGGUUUGGAGACCAUCCGCAAGGUUUUUUCCCACUCUGUUGGCUUUGGGAUCAGAGGUGCUUUGGCAAAAGUUUUCCGCAAGCCACCAUCAGGCUCACGGGGACAUAGAAAUGUCAAAUCUGUGAAUAAAACGAUAGGUCCGCUUAAUGAGAAAUCAAACAAAAUCAAGACUGUGAAAUACUUCAAGCAAAAACAGGAAAAGUGCCCUAUCAAGCCAACAAUGUCCUGUGAAAAUUUGGAGCAACUUAACUCACUAAAACAUAAGCAACAGAGACAAUGGCAUAGUGCAGAAGUACUAACGAGUACCAAGCAAUGGGUUGCAGGGCAAAAAGAAACAGCUGGAUGGGAGGAUCCAAAUGGAUCUUCAGAUUGUGAUAGUAUCUUCUCAUUGGAUUCACUGUCAUCAGCUUAUGCUACAGCUCUAGCUGAACAACUUCAGCAGGAGGAAUGUGAUUCCAGUGACGCUGAGAGUGAAGACAGUCAGAUGUCUCGAGAUUCUCUUGUUAUGGAGAGCAGUGGGAAGCAUGUGACUGCCAGACCGGUGUUGAGGUUUAAAAUUUUUCCAAGCCACUUAACCAGCCCUACAAUACCAGCCUCAAGCAGCUCUGAGGCAAUUGGCAAUAAAGAGAAAGUGAGAAUAUCCAAAGAUGUACCUGCAGAGGUUUUCUGGAGCCUUAAUGGCAGUCAGAAAUUGAAAACAGAGAAUGGCAAAGGCAUGGCUAGAGAGCCUUCACACAUCUCUUGUCUAGCAUCUGAAUCAAGACCUUGUAGUGGUGCAAGUAUGAGAGAGACUGAGAAUCCACUUGCUCUUACCGAUGCUUGGUCAUCUACUGAUGCAGCAGACAGUCCAAGAAUAAUCAGGGCUUCAGGACACUUGAUUAAACAGGAUCCACACACACUAAUAGAGAGCAGUAGAUGCCAAAGCUCUACGAGCCUGGAUCUAUCCGACAACAUGAAUGCCUCAGAAAGCCAGAGCUCACCUCGUUCUGACUCUGGAAAUACAACACUGGAAGAACAAAAUGACACAUCCUUUGAAAAUACCCUGUUGUUAGAGAAUGAUAACAGUUGUAUCCCAGUGCAAGAGAUCUAUUUUAAUGAACUGGCUACCAAUGCAGGACCAUGUACAACUAAAACAGUCUGCAACUCUACAGACUCUUCAAAUGUGGAAGCAGACCCAAAUACCCUAACCACUGAAUAUGAGCCACUGAAUUCCACUGUGACUGAAGCAUUGCUGAUCAACUCUUGUUCCAAAGGUCAGAUCCCAAUAAAUACCACUUUCUUUCCAGUUAACUCUAGUAGGGAAGAUUUACAUGUUAGAGAGGAGCUAUCCUCAUCCCCAGUGUACCCUGAGGAUUGUUCUCUGAAGUCGCACUUAAACCUAACAGCAGGUUAUCAGGUUUCAACAUGUGACAAUGCAGGAGAUCCAGAAGUUAAAGCAACACAGGUUCUAAAUGAAUCACACAACAAUGCAAGCACUGCCAAUGGCAAAACAAUUGAACACUGUGAUGAAGAAAAGAAGUACUUCUGUACAAAACAGUGCACUGAAAUGGCUUGCACAACAGAUACCAAAGAUUAUUUACUGACAAUCGAACAAUCAGACAAGCAUGGCGGAGAAGUUAAUAGAUUUGUCAGAAAUGGCGAACACUUUGGGAUACAGUUGGAGAAUGAGCCAAUCAUCGGAGCAUGCAAAAUGAAAGACCCUCAUGCAGGCUUUGUAGGAAAUAUGAAGCUUCCAAAGAAAAGUAAUGAAUAUGGUUCUGACACUGAGACAGCACUUUUAAAUAUAGACCAGGAACGGUCAUCUACUUGUUCAACAACCAAUGCAGAAUUUGUAAAAAAUAAAUCUCUUUUGAAAAACUGGCUAACACCUGAUAUGGAAAACACUCAUCAAGAGAUAGAAGACAAAAAAAUAAAAAAUGCACCAUUAGCAGGUGAUGAUCACAAGACUUUAAUCAGCAAAGUUCACAUUAAUACUUUUAGAAGUGACAGCAGUGUAUGCGAUAGUGGAUUGACACACACAAAUUGUACUAGCCUGAAAUCCUCUAGGAGUCCAGAAAUAAAAAACAAUAUUGACAUCAGUAAAGAGGAUAGAAAAUAUGCAGGCCAGAUUGUGGAAAGAAAGGCCAAUAACCGUUAUUUUCAGAUGAGUGACUCUGCAAUUAAUGAUAAAAUAUCAGAGGUGGUGAAAGAACAUUUUAUGAUCUCUCUAAGAGAAGACUUCAGUGAAGAUCAAGAGCCAAACACAAAGACAGAAAAUUCUCCUUCUGCUAAACUGGAUACUUCGAAGGCCAAAACAAGCAAAUAUGAAUUUAAUAUCAAAACUACUCAGGCUGGACAUGGUGAGAAUAAUAGUUCCCAGACUUUCUCAUGUAUGUCAAAAUCAGGGAUUCAUAUAGACAAAUCUACUGUGCACUUUGAUAACGGCAAUGCACAAACAGAAUCAAGACAUUCUUUGAUUAUGAAGGAUAACACAGUCUUGAACUCCAGUGGCACAGAAGAGCAAAUUGUAAGGAAGAAAGAGAGGAAAGUUGAACAAGAAAGUCCAAAAUGUGUAUAUGUCAGUGAUAACAUGGAAUCAGUACUAUACUGCACUACACAGGAACAGAGCACAGAUAAACUAAAAACAAGUGAAUCAGUGUUGUCAUGUGUUAAAGAAACUAUUAUUGAUGUGAAUACAUCAAAAGAGAGCAUAAUUGUCUGCACCAAACUGAGAAAGGAUUAUGUUGAUGCUUCAAACCCUGUUCAAGGGAAAGAUUGCAUCAGCGAAGAUGAUUUAGAGGGGGGUAGAGUAACAGUAUUAAAGCCACUGCUUCCCUGCAUGUUUGCACAAGAGACUUUAUCUCUUAAGUUGACAAAUGGGUUGGAGAAAGUUCAGAAAGUAAAUCAGUGCUUGCACCAGAAUGCACGGGUAGUUGACAACAAAACAAAACUAAAUGAAAGUACAUUGAUCUCUAAGGAAAUGCACAGUUGUGAUGAUAAACCACUAACCCAUGGACAUUCAAGACUUUUGAAUGAAACUUUGUGCUCACCAAGUGAAAACUGUCUUAUGAAGGUCUCAACUCCAGUAAAGUUAAGUAAAUGCCACAUUCCUCAGGUGUCAUUGUCCUCUGACGCAACAGUGACACAUACUGUCUCAGGUAUACAUUCUGAAUAUGUAGCUGAAACAUUUCAGCAAACCAUGGAGGCACAAAAUAAUAAUACAUGUUCAUAUAACUCUUCAGUAUCAAGUAUGGAAGAUUACCACUCAACAGUGGAUGGCAGUUACCCAACUCCCGAAGCCCAGCCUUCAAGCAAUCUUGCAUUUUAUGAAUUUGGUCCAGGAUAUCUUGGAAAACAUAAUGGUUGUGUCAGCCAAGAUAAAACUUGCACUAAACAUUCCUUGGAAACUGCCACUAUCAGAAGUAAUUGUGAUAAAGACAAAGAAAGAACUGUGGAGCACACACUCAAAGGUUACUCUGAAGAUUUAAGAAAAGGCCAGGCACCACAAAGAACACAAAUGCACAAUUUGCUUAAAAUCUGUGAUACUGGAAAAACAAACAAGGAUCAAUCAAUCUACACAAGUAAUCAAAUGGAAAUGGUGGUUACAUCCCAGUAUAAUGAUGGCAGCAUCAAAGGAAUACAAAGUUGUGAUAACCAACAACCGAAAAAUCAAGAGCCAAAUAUUCCUAAAAAUCACCAGUCAACUCAAAAAAGAGAGCCUGGUAAAUCUGUUGAGGUAUAUCACGAUGCAAAACAAACUCAUUGCAAUCAAAAUACAAAGGAAUAUUCUAAUAACACAUGUAAAUCUACAGAUAGAGCAGAACAUGUCACAGCAGCGAAUGUUACAAAACAUUUUGUUGGCAAUGGUAAUGAUGACAGACGGAAAGGGAAACAAAAGCGAUACAGAAAGGCCCACUUUAUAGCACCUCCAAGUUCAUCCACUGAUUCUGCACCCGAUUUAUCUUUGGAUGAAAGUACCACAUCUAAAUGUCAUGUGUCUCGUACCAACCUUCUUCCUACCAGUCAAAAUGCUCUUGGCAAAUUCAAAAGUUCUCCACUUGAUGAACAAAGCAUUCUUUUAUCUUCAGCAAUUAGUCCAAGAUCAUCAGAAGCACCGUCAGGACAGAGGAACACCCAGCAGCCUAGAGAGAUACUUCCUAUACGCAACCAAGCUGGGAUUGAGACAGUUGCGUGUCAAAAAGAUCAUGGUUCUACCGAAGAAAUGCCAAAGAUCGAAAUGAGGGAAUCAAUGGCUAAUAAAGACAUUACUUUAAGGAAGAAUGCUUCUUCUGAAGAUAUUUCAGUUUGUGUGGAUGCCCUUGCUCAGCCAUUCGAGGAGACUUUCCCACAUACAAGAGAUUCUGCAAUGCAUUUUGCUUCAAGUGAUAUUAACCCAUUUAUUCAUUCGAGAACUACUGUGGCAGUUAACACAGCAGUCCACAAAAAACAGACCUUUGGAAGUGAAGCCAAUUUAACCUACAAACACUCUCCACUCAGUAGUUCCAACAAGAAUAUGAAGAGGUGCUGUAGUGUAGACAAUGGCCUAAAUAUUCAGGACUCCCCUUUCAGUUCCCAUUUGAGCGCUUAUGUAAAUCAUAAAGGCCUCUCUAGCACACUGAGUAGUAAUGAAUAUUCUAGAGAUCAAAUUUCUUCUGAACCUCUGCUGAAGGCAGCUUCGUAUUGCUCUAGCAGUUCAAAUACACGGACCCCAACAGCUUUGAAAUGUGACUCUUACAAUUGUGCCUCAAAAGAGUUACGCCACAGUUCAGGUCAAGUUGACGAAAUAGUGUUGGUCUACUCCUCUGAGUAUGAAUCUCAGGAACAUCCUAGUCCAAGCAGGUGUAAUCAAGGCACACAAACCACUGAGGUUAAUAAGGACCUUAAAAGGAAGAGCCGGCACAGAAGAAGCAGCACCCAGGCACCAGUGUCCAAACCAGGGAAUGGUGCCCCAACCACAUGGACAAGUCUGCAGAACAUGUCUGAACAUCUCUCUGACCUAAUACACAACACCUCUGAUCUUCUGGGGAACAUACAGUGUAUGCGAACAGGGGAAAAGCCACCAAAAUAUGACUGUUUCCAGGUUUCAUCUGGCAGUAACUACAAGAGGGACUGUUGUACACAAACUUCACUGGACAUUGGGGUCCAGACAGAGAACGCUCCAAGGUCAGCAAAUGCUACAGCCCAUGAAGUAAAUGUUAUUGUUAAAGUCAUUGGCUCAGAUCUUUGUAAUGUGUCACAGCUCGAAGGUGAUGCCAAGAUUUUGAAGAAUAAAUGUGAAAGUGAACAGGCCUAUGAAAGGAUUAAAAGCCUGCCUGAUUUACGUCGCAAAAGUUCUAAGGUGACUGAGAGUCAAACUUUUCUGAUUCCUCCCCAAAAGGUUCUUUCAUUAGAGACUCUUGUGCCAAAUCAGGAUGCUCCCACUGAAGGAAAUACAGUAGAUAAUUCCUGUAAGAAGUCUUCGUCCAGCUACCUUGGAGCGAAACGCUCACAUAUGAAGCAAGAAGAGAAGCAGACUUGUCACAGAAAUGUAGACCUAAGGAAUUGCUUUAAUAAACAAAUUAUGCUUAUGGAUCGUGCAUGCUCCCCUAUUCUUACAGUAAAGGCUGCAAGAUACACACAGCAAAGACUAUUAAAAACAACCCAUGCUUCAACAAACCAGAAAACCGAGGGACAAGAGAAUCAGUACUCAAAUGUAUACAACAUGCCAUUGAAAGGUCAUAAAAUGUCCAACCAUGAGAAUAAGGUACUAGAUCAGCAGAACCUUUGUAUCCUUCACAAUAAACAUGCAAGAACAGCAUCUACAUCAGCGUCAUCUGUGACCAAUGAAAACCUUAGAGACCAUAGUCCAAAUUUAGGUGAGUCGGAUGACUUCUCAGAUAGCAUAUGUCCCCACAGCAAAUGCAUGAAAAAUAAGAGGAAUGAAUAUUCUUAUGAAGUUGAAGACAGGGUAAUAAGUAAACCCAACCAUUCCCCAUCUCAGCCACAAAGAAUGUCCCUUUCCCCUCCAAGCAGUAACUCUGGUGUCCAACUAGCAUCCUCCUCAGAUAACGUCAGACAAUCUAAAAUUGAAAACAUAGAAAAACCUCAUUGUUUAACUGUGAACAGUCAUUUGAGCCACAAAUCUUCCGAGUAUAUAAUAAAGAGUUGGGAUCAUUCAAAACAAAGUACUGUGCAACAGCAGGAAGAUGAUGUGAUGUCUCUGGUGCCAAGCGAGUGCAACACAGAUCUUCUGGUCAGCAUCAAUCCACUGGCAGAAUCCACCACACUCAGGGAACAUCAGUGGAUCCCUGAUGAUCUGCCGAUGCACAACAAAUUUACUAACUGGUCUGGCAUUAAACAGCAACCAACAUCAACAUUUAGUAAAAUUCACAGACCAACUGGACAGCAGUUCACAAAGCUCAGGCCCAGUUACUGGCAAGAGCCCUCAGACAAAACAGACAGGAGGGCACAAGAAAUUGAGAAGCUGAGGAAAGAACGUGAGCAGGUUUUAGCCUCUGUACAUAUGGAUCUGAGCCCUCAUCAGCUGACUGUUGAACUCACAGAGGCCAAGCUGCAUUAUGGCCAAGGGGAAACAGACACUCUGCUUAAGAUUCUCAAGUCUGGUUCUAAGAAGGCGUCUUUAGACUGUGACAAACAGGAGCUCCUUAACAGGCACAGGAAGAGCAUUGAAAGUUUGAGAAAAGACAGAGAAGCCCGUCUCCAGAUUUGCCGUCGGGCUCGAAGCCUCAGUCCCAGUAAGCGUCGGAUCCCUAUAAAUGAUGAGGAGCAAUCUCAAAGAGUUUCAGACCUGCCAAGCAGACAAAAGGAAUAUAUACAGCAGAUCAGACAAGAGACUGUCGAAACCGGCAGAGUACCUGAUUCACCAAGAAGGGAGGGUCAAUGUCCAUCUGACAUUGAGCUUCUAUUGCGUGACUACAGUCGAGCGCGUGAGGAGGCAAGAGCAGAGAUUGCACGUGCACGAGACCGACUCCGUGAGAGGACCGAACAGGAGAAGAGACGACUACAGCAGCAAGCUCUCUCACUGGCAGUGAAGGAUGACCUACGGUUUCGCACACGCAUUAGUAACAGUACUUUAUGUAGUGGUUCGAACCUGAGUCUUUCGUCAGGGCCCACUUCAGGGUACAACAGCAGCAAUGCUGCUUUAUUUAAAGAUAUUAACUCACCAUUAAUACAGGUAAAUGGAGUCUCAGAAUUCAAAGUAAGGACUCGACCUCCUAUGAUUCCGUUGCAGACUUCAAAAGCUCAGCGUAGAUGGCUGUCAGUCCAGGAUGUCAGCCUGGAGACAUCUGUAACUGGAUACGAGUCCUCCUCCACUCCAUCAUCUCCUCCAUGUGCUCGACAGCGCACUCUCUCCUUUGGCUCUCCUUCAUCUAUAUCAACUUCAUAUCAGGAUAUCGCAGACUGUACUCUUGCCAGUGCUAUUUCUGAAGUAUAUUUGGCCUCUGGUGGUGAUGCGAGGAAUCUGCUGGCUGGGAAGGCAGCUGCUGGUUGGAGGCAACAAGGUGUGGAGAGAGGCGUUCAAGUCUUUCACAAGGCUACUUCCAGACCCUCAGCUCAUGGGUUUCUUGGAGCAGUUGAGCUGGAGAGACCUUUGGCCAGUCUGUGGUCUGUAGUUCGAGAUCACUCAAAGACUCACCUGUACCACGAGUCUAUUAAAUCUGCCUGGACACGACCAUUGGACCAAAGCACACAACUAGUCUAUCUUUUGACGGAUGUAUCCAACUGCCAGCUUAAACAGCCGCGGGACUUCUGCUGCCUCAGUACAGAAUCCAAACAGGAUGAUAUGUGGGUGCUGGCCAUGCAGUCUGUAUUUGAGGAGACACUGCCUCGUCCCAGUGUGGAUACUGUGCGUGGUGAGAUUCUACCAAGCGCUUGGAUACUUCAACCCAGCCAGCGUAACGGUCGAGAGCUCGUCACUGUCAUCUACUUGUUACAAGUAGAUUUGGGGAGCCCGUCCUUGGCUCCUAGACUGCUGAAUACAGUGUCUAGGAAGCAAGCAGCUGUCAUAGCAGACCUCGAUUCUUUCUUUUCUUUAUGACCAAUCAGGUUACACAUGUAGCAACAAGCACUUACACUAAAGCCCUGAAGGUUUUUGCUAAGAUUUGCACCUCAUGUUCUUGCUCUUUACUUGAUUCUUUUUCACAUAGCACUGAUGGAAUGAUUAUAUUGUGUAACACAUUAUCUUGCCUUAUUUUAUUUUGUCUUUAUUGUUGUUAUUAAGUAACUGUGCCCCCAUGUACCAAAGUAUUAAUUAUUGUAAAAAGAUUGUAAUACUUUGAUUGAUCAAAGUAAAAUCCCAAAGCAAUUUUUUCAUGCAUGUAUAUAGUUACUGCUUGAUUGUCAUUUGAUAUAGACUAAACCAGGGAUAGUUUUGUGGAGUUUAGCUCUAACACUAAUCAAACACACCUGAACAAGCUAAUCAGGUUCUUCAGGAUUACUAAGGCUACAGGCAAGUGAGGCUUUUUUUCAGGGUUGGAGCUAAACUCUGCAGGACAGUAGCACUCCGACGUUGCCUAACCCUGGACUAAACUAUGCAUAGCUCUGUUAUUUGAAAGGAAGGAUAUUCAUGUUAAAACAAUCAACUGCAUUACAGUAUUCUUUUAAUGUAUACCAUUGUCUUAAGCUACUAUCAGAAAUAACUAGUAUGUAAAACUUGAACUUGACAGCUGUAGAGAUUUUUUUUUACUUUACUCUGUAAAAUUCAGUAUAGUGUCUUUCAUAACUAUGUCCGGUUCCUUUCAUUUCUUUUCUUUAAUGGGUUGUUUGCUGGCAGUAUAUAUAUACAUAAUUUUUUAUUAUUAUUAUUUUUUUUUUUUGUUGUGCAAAUUUUUGUGCAAUUUCUGUGUAACUGCUUACACGAUUUAUGACAAGUUCUAUAUUGGCCGAAAUGGGAUAGAUGAAAGAUUGUCAUAAAACUGUUAUUGACUGCAGUGCUAUUGUUGAUAUUGUUACAUUCAGUAUCAAUAUUUAAAAUGUUCUUUUAAAUUUCUGUGAGGAAAUGCAAACAAUUUAAAUGUAAAAAAGAACUGUAACACUUUCUGUGGUGUAUAGAUAAUACACAUAUUUGGAUUUGCAUUAAAGCCAUUACAUUUUAACUUAGUGAUCAUGAGGGCUUUUGCUCAAGCACUGUAGAAUGAUACAAGACCAGUGGUUUUAUUUGUAACUCCAUUGUAACUAAUGAAGGAUAUCUUUUUUAUUAUUAUAUCACAUUGUUUUAAUAAACUGUAAAUGUCUUCUAUAAUAUGUAAUCUAUUAUGCAAAUGUAAAAUUAUUCAUCAUUUGUUAUGUUUUAAAAUAUUCUCUUCAUUUUUGCAGUUUUUUUAUGUUUCUGUGGAAGAGCUUCCAAAAUCUUAAUGACGCUUAAUUUAUGAACCAGAACAUAUUUUUAUUAAAUACAUUUGCCAUUU